CCGCGGCUGUAAAGCGCGAACGGGGUUGACAUUGGAGCCUGCAUGGGAAUGGGAGAAGAGGAGGGGAUAAGAGAGGCUGCUCAGUCCAGCAGCACCGUGUCCUGAAGAGACAUCAUCAUCAUCAUCAUCAUUAUCAUCAUCAUCAUCAUUCUCAUCAUCCUCAGCAGCAGUAGUGCGGGAUGCAUCGUCCUGAUUCCACACACUGAUACCCAAACGGAGUUGUGUCCACAGCAGGGACAUCCGACCUGGAGAAAACGUCAACGCUGGAAAUACACGCAGCAGCGAUUAUUUAGCUGUCGUUAUUUUAUUUUAUUUUUUUAAUGGACAACAUGACUCUAAUAGUUCCUAUUUAAGUUAUUUUUUACUUGAAUGCUAUCAUUAUAGAUGCGUUUAGUAUAAUAACUUGGGAAGCUCAUACUGCACGGACUCGAUUGUUUUUUUUUGUUUCGUUUUGUUGUUGCUUUUUUCCUAUUAAGUGCACUUAAGUCUUUCUCACUGAGCAGUAAAUUGACCGCUGUCGGUUCGGGCUCGUCUCAAACCUACUUUUUUUUCUGCCUGCGCCGUUUUUGUUUUUUGUUUUUUUUGUUUUUUUUCGUGUGCUGAGGCGUCCUUCAUAUUUCGGAUUUUCCUCCUCUGCUCCUAAGCAGAAUUUACAGGCUACUGAUCGCAUCCUCGUCCUGUGAUCCAUCCUUUGGAUGUCCAAGAAGAUCGACCUUUUCAGGGAGAGGACCUUGUCCAUUUCCACUGGGAGACCCUAAGCUGUUAUCUCUUCAAAUCACACGCUAAUUUGGUCUGCCAACUUUUAUCUACGAGGUCAACAAUGAGAUUAAUUCCGUCACGAUUAAGUUAUCUGUUCCUUCACCUCUUUGCGUUUUGCUACUAUGCUCAGGUAACCAUUCAGUCCCCGCCUAAUUUUACACAGCAUGUGAAUGAGCAGAGUAGGGUGACGGACCGGGUCAGCCGCAGACUCAUCCGGACCUACCAGCUUUACAGCAGAACCAGCGGCAAGCAUGUACAGGUCCUGGCCAACAAAAAAAUCAACGCCAUGGCCGAGGACGGAGAUGUGCACGCAAAACUCAUUGUGGAGACAGACACAUUCGGCAGUCGAGUUCGAAUUAAAGGAGCUGAGACAGGAUUCUACAUCUGCAUGAACAGGAGAGGAAAGUUGAUUGGCAAGAGAAAUGGUCAGGGGAAAGACUGCAUUUUCACAGAGAUAGUGCUGGAGAAUAACUACACAGCUCUCCAGAAUGUAAAGUAUGAGGGCUGGUACAUGGCAUUUACACGCAAAGGAAGACCUCGCAAGGGCUCCAAAACCAGGCAACACCAGCGGGAAGUGCACUUCAUGAAGCGAAUGCCCAAAGGACACCACAUCGCAGAGCACAGACCCUUUGAUUUCAUCAACUACCCUUUCAACAGACGGACUAAACGAACCCGUUACUCAGGAGAGCGCUGAAGAGUAAUGCAGGAGAAAAAAGGGGGACAGUGAGUGAGAGAGAGAAAAUACCGUCUCUGAUAAUGAACAGAAUCCUCUUAUGGACUCCAAAAAUGAUUUUUGUACUGAGCAUUAAUAUACCUAACAUAUAGUUUUUAAAAAAUAAUUUUCUAGAAAAGAAAAACACACUCUGGAAAAAAAAAUACAAUGGAAAAAGCUCUAUUUUUGUACUCCAGACUUUUAGUACUGACUUGUGUAAAAAUGUUAGGAAAGUGAAGCACAUGGCUUGAGAUACCUGUGAGAUGUCAGAACUGACAUUUUAGUAGUGUGUGGACUUCACCGUCUCAUUGUUUCAUUUUGUUUUGUCAGUUUUAGAGUAAUUUAUACUCUUCAUAUUGCUGCUCAUGGGGACUUGGAGGGCCUGAGAGAAUGCACUGACAAAAAAAAAAAAAAUGCUGUAUUGAGUUACAGGUACAGCCAAGGCACCUCUCGACCACCCAGUGAUAAGACACCCAGCUCAUCUGAGUAACCUCUGUGGCUCUUGGUUCUGGAUUGUCCUUGAGAUAGCCACAGUUAAAGCAAACACAGCUUUAAAUCCAUAUAUAAUUGUGGCAGCUACAUUUUGAUAAUCAACACAUUUCCUACUGUGGUUUUAACUGUUGAGGUGUUCAAGGUGUUUAAAUGCAUUGUAUGAAACGUAGGGAAAACGUUGUUCUUUGUGGCAUUGUGUCUGUCUGUUUUUAUACAUAUAUAAAUCUAUUUUUAUUUGAGGAUGUGUAAAAUAAUUUUAAUGAUGGAAAUAUUUAUUUAAAAAUGUGUAAUAAAUUUACCUUAGGAUACCA